AUGGGCCUGUGGAAGCUGCUGCUAGGUGUCUGGCAGCUGGAGUUCCACCGUCUCAUCCUGGUGCUCUUCAUCUUCUGUCUGUUCUCCGUGGCCUUCCUGGCUUACUACAUCAGCAACAGCCCCAAAAUAAAGGAGGGCUUCCCGCUCUUCCUUCACUCCAACCUUGGUCUGUGGAACUACUGCAUCAAUCCUGCUGCUCCACUGCUCUACAUCACCAAGCCUAACGAGGUGGAGCAAGGGCCACUGCCAGGGGAUGACUGGACCGUUUUCCAGUCGAACCACAGCACCUAUGAACCUGUCCUGUUAGCCAGCACCAAGUCAUCAGAAGCCCUGGCUCACUUGGGAGUUCUCUUUGUUUGUGGGCAAGGAAGGAACACGCAUGAAGGUGUCAGAUGUGAAGGAGCAUGGGAUCCCCACAGAUAUGGGCUACUCUGUGUUUCCUCACCACUCAGGGGUGUAUCCCAUGCACGGAAGGUAUUACCCAGGCAGACGUGCGGACUCUUCACCCACACUAUCUUCUAUAAUGAAUACCCGGGAGGUUCUCGCAAACUAGACAAGAGCAUCCGUGGAGGAGAGCUUUUCCUCACUGUCCUCCUCAACCCUAUCAGCAUCUUCAUGACUCACCUCUCUAACUAUGGCAAUGACCGCCUGGGCCUUUACACCUUUGAGUCUCUGGUCAAGUUUGUGCAGUGCUGGACUAACCUGCGCCUACAGACUCUGCCCCCUCUGCAACUGGCAGAAAAAUAUUUCCAGAUUUUUCCAGAGGAGAGGGACCCUCUGUGGCAGGAGUGUCCUCUCUAUGUAGUAGAUGGAUCCCUAUUACGCUCUAACCCUGCCCUUGUGAUGGAGGGCAUCCAGAGGUUCUUGUGGGUGACCCCCAUCUUCAACUACACCCAGGCUCUCAGGUUUGAUGAGAGUAAAGGGUUCUGGUGCCAGAGGACGGAACGAGGUCGUCCGAAGUGUCUGGGGAAAAGCAAAGGCAGGAAAUUCCUAGAAAUGGCGCCUGAGACGCGUGCCUUCCUGAUGGAGUACUACCGGGAGCAUAAUCUGGAGCUGCUGCAGCUGCUGAACCGGCUGGGGCAGACGCUUCCCUCGUGGCUCAGAGAAGAGCUCCAGAGCAGCAGCUGAAGCUGAGACAGUGGUGCUUGGCCCCAGGCCACUGAAUCUCAGCCAACACACACAUACACACAGGACCCCCAGGAACGUCAGAGACACUUAAGGCUGUCUCAAUCCCUCCUGCCCCUCCAUUUAACACUAUAGUAUCAAAAACACUAUAGUGACAGUGAUGACAUGGGGUGUGCCAUCAGGGCUAAAGGGCAUAAAUGGACUGCUGAAAUGAGCCUAAACCCUGGCCAGGAUGUUCUCAUCGGUCCUGUCUGAACUUUGACUAGGGAGAAUGAUGGUAAUUGUAGUCUCAUGCUGAUGCAGCUCCGUCUGUUUUAAGCACUGACACUUCACACCAGGACCUGAGUACACUGAAGGCCUGGACAGCAUGAAUGGAUUAGCGACAGGAGUGAAUUACUGAUAAACACACAUGCUCGCCUUGCUCAUCUCUUCAG